GUAUGCUUCUAUUUGAUUCUCUUUGUUAUUAUUUCAGGUAAUGUAUUUAUUGAGAUGUGAGCUGUGUUUGCAUUUUUCUGUCCAUUGUGAUGGAUGUCCUAUAAGUGUUGGAUUAUAUUUCUGCGAUCCUGAAUUGUAUUUUUUUGGAAUAUACUAAAUAAUUACUUGUAUUUUACACUUAAACAUGGUGAUAAAAUUAUUGAUAGGGAUUAUUUAUUUAUCAAAUGUUUGAAUCUUUUUGUUACAGUGCAUUCCUUAUUUCACCCUGUUGUUAUAGAUAUGUGCACAGCAGAGUGUAACAACAGCUGGGGUGAAUACAGCAGCUGGAAUAAAAGCACCAGCGUUCACCAGCUAUUGGUCAGUAACAACCCGCUAAGGAUGAAUUUAACACUGGCUGUAACUCAGAUAUUUGUAUGGCCUUUUGUGUUCAUCAACAUCCUCAUGCUUUUCACAUUUUACAGGAAACAGGCUUUCAGAACUGAGACCCGUUAUAUACUGUUUGCCCACACCUUACUGACUGACAUGAUUUUUCUUUUUCUGUCUGAUUUGGUGGUAAUUCUGUCAUACAAAUUGGCAUUGCUGCCAGUGGCAUUCUGUAUCCCACUGUGUAUGUUUAUGGAUGCAGUUACUUCAUGCACCCCGCUAACGAUCACUGCAAUGUGUGUGGAGCGCUAUGUAGCCAUCUGCAUGCCUCUGAGACACAGUGCCAUCUCCACCCCUAGCAGAACCCUUAAUCUUAUUCUUAUUAUCUGGAUCAUAAGCUUUAUAAAGCCGUUUAUGGAUGUUACCAUUCUCGUUGCAUCUGCACCAGAAGAGUAUUUUAUAGAGCCCACUCUCUGCCAUUAUGAGAUAAUGAUGCUGGAGCACUGGCAUCGUAACAUGAGGAGUAUCUGGUACAUUAUUGAUUUUUUUAUUAUUUUACUGAUUGAGUUUUUUUGCUAUCUGAUGAUAAUGAUUGCUGCCCGCAGAGCCUCUGUUGAUAAAAAGUCUGCAUCAAAAGGCCUUCGAACUGUCUCACUGCACAUGGUUCAGCUCAUUCUCUGUACUGUUGAAUCUGUGUGUCCCUAUAUAGAAGCAGAAAUCAUGGAACAAGAUAUUCAGUUAUAUUUGGCAGUUCGCUUUUUUAACUUUAUUACAUUUAACGUCAUCGCCAGAGCAAUUACUCCACUCGUCUAUGGCCUCAGAGAUGAGAAGUUUUGUGCUUCCAUGCUGCAUUAUAUCAAAUGUAGACAAAAUCACAUCUCAUCAGAAAAGAAAGAUCCAUCCACCUAAAGAUUUCCAGUGAUGACAAAUGUUACUCCCAAACGCCUCCUAAACAACUCCUUAAACAUUUUAUUUAAAAUGCACUCACAGGUCUAAUUUUAUGUCAUGUUAUGCAAUGAUUUCAUACCAAAUUACAUUUUAGUGUAACAGCAAACUCCAUAUUGCUGUCUUUUUGAAGUCCACGUUAUUGGUCAGUUGUAUAAAGAACAUAUUGUAACAAUAUUGUAAAUUGUUAAAAAAUGUCAUGAUGCAUGAAACACUACAUAAUGACUAAGUAAAGUUUU